GCAUCGCACGUGACAAUUAUUUGCGUGUAAGCGAGCAGCGCUCCGAAGCCCUCCACCCUUCCUGCUUCCCACGUUCCUCCGCCUCCCCUCGGGCAUCCUCCUUCGAAACUCCGAUCGGAAAAGAAAAAACCCAAAUCCGAGCUCCAGAGGUGGGCAAAGAUGGUUCUCGCGCAGCUGGGCGGGAGCAUCUCCCGGGCGUUGCAGCAUAUGAGCAACGCGACGAUCAUCGAUGAGAAGGUGCUGAGCGAGUGCCUGAACGAGAUCUCGCGGGCGCUGCUGCAGGCUGAUGUCCAGUUCAAGAUGGUCCGCGACAUGCAGGCCAACAUCAAGCGUAUCGUCAACCUUGAUGACCUCGCCGCCGGCCACAACAAGCGCCGCAUCAUCCAGCAGGCUAUCUUUAAUGAACUUUGCAAAAUGUUGGAUCCUGGAAAGCCUUCCUUCACACCCAAGAAGGGAAAGACGAGUGUGAUCAUGUUUGUGGGUUUGCAAGGUUCUGGAAAGACCACAACUUGUACCAAAUAUGCAUAUUAUCAUCAAAAGAAGGGAUGGAAACCUGCACUGGUUUGUGCAGAUACAUUCAGAGCUGGUGCUUUUGAUCAAUUAAAGCAAAAUGCAACUAAAGCUAGGAUUCCUUUUUAUGGAAGCUACACGGAAUCAGAUCCUGUAAAAAUUGCUGUUGAGGGUGUGGAAAGAUUUAAGAAAGAAAACUGCGAUCUAAUUAUUGUGGAUACAAGUGGACGGCACAAACAGGAAGCUGCACUCUUUGAGGAAAUGCGUCAAGUCUCAGAAGCAACGAAACCCGAUCUUGUGAUAUUUGUCAUGGACAGUAGUAUUGGCCAAGCUGCAUUUGAUCAAGCACAAGCUUUUAAACAAAGUGUUGCAGUUGGAGCUGUAAUUGUUACGAAAAUGGACGGUCAUGCAAAAGGUGGUGGUGCACUUAGCGCGGUUGCAGCCACUAAAAGUCCAGUGAUAUUUAUUGGAACAGGAGAGCACAUAGACGAGUUUGAAGUUUUUGAUGUCAAACCAUUUGUUAGCCGUCUUUUAGGCAUGGGUGACUGGUCCGGAUUUAUGGACAAAAUUCAUGAAGUUGUACCUACUGACCAACAGCCCGAGCUUCUGCAAAAGCUCUCAGAAGGAAGCUUUACUCUACGACUUAUGUAUGAGCAAUUCCAGAACAUACUCAAGAUGGGUCCUAUAGGCCAGGUUCAACUGUGCUAUUUCUGCCUUUUACGGUCUCUAUGAAAAUAAUGCUUCUCUCUUCUUUAUACUGCAUUGCUCUUCUAUGAGUUGUUGAUUAUCUUAUUUGAGCAUCAUGAGGAAUUGUGUGUGUGUGUGCAUGUGCGUAUGGUGCUGCUAAUUUGUUCCCAGGGAACAUCCAGUUUGAUUGUUCCUGGAAGAUUUCCCAUAAAAAUUGAACUUUCUAUAGGUAACUAUGGUAAUUUUCCAUGCCGACAUCGCAUGAUAUUUUAUAGGAUUUUUUGCAUGUAUACUCUCCUAAAUAUAUGAAAUUGCAUGAAUACCUUCGUAAAAUUACUAUCUGCAUGCAUAUCCUUCUUUUUUUUUUUCUUUUUUCUAUGUGCCAGUACCAUCUAAUGUUGCUAAAAAAUAAA